CCCCCCUAUGAUCGAUUAAUUUGAUCACAGUUGUGCAAGAGAUUCACUUCGUUACAUGAGAAACCCCCCCUAAAAGCCCUCAUUCAACACAAAAGAAUAUGUCACCAACUUCACUGCUCCUUUCCCUCUCUUCACACUUCACUCAUCCCUAAUCAGUUUGAACUUUGAAUGCCCACAUCCUCAUUAUUAUACUGAAAAAGAAAAGAAAAAAUUCCUUCCUUUUCUUUAUCACUCCACCAAAUUAUAUUCCCUCAGAUCAGACCAUCCGCUAUGAAGAAGCUCUAUAGAAAAGGCACAAUUCAUCCAUCUCCAUCACCAUCUCCACCACCAGUUUCGAACCAGCUAGCUUUCUUACCAGCAGCAAUCUUGACCCUCGUAGCAGCCCUGUCCCAAGAAGACAAACAAAUCUUGGGUUACUUCCUAUCUUGCCCUUCAGCAGCAAACUUCUCCAACACCCACAACCACAAGAGCUCCACCACAAUGGGUGGCGCCGCCGAACACCCACCGUCCUUCAGCUGUUACUGCUUCAACUGCUAUAGAAAUUUCUGGGUUAGGUGGGACUCUUCGCCAGACCGUGGAAUCAUAGAUGAGAUUAUAGAAGCAUAUGAAGAUGGGUUACACAGGAAGAAGGAGAAGAGUAGGAGGAGAAAGAAAAAGAAAAGUAAUGAUAAAGGGUCUGUGGUGGUGAAUUUCAAGAACAAAGAUGAUGCUGGGGCGACAGAUUCUGCGGCGGAGAUGCCCGGUGAAUCCGGCGGCGGCGGCGGAGAUGAGGGCGGAGCAGCAGAGAGAGGACCAGUGAGGAGAUUUGUAAGUUUUCUUGGAGAGAGGUUUUGGAGUGUUUGGGCCUGAAACUUGUGUUUAACCCCUAGCCUCUUCUUUCAUUAUGUUUUGCUCUCAUUUUCUUGUGAGCUGUAUUUCUUUGCUGGAAUCUGUAAAUUGCUCUGUCCAGUUAUUUGCUUCUCAAUUUAAUAUAUAUUGAAAUAAUUAUAUAUUUAUGUUCAUACAAUAAUAUGAUGUUCAGUUGCUCCUCUU